AUGAGUAUCAGGUUUGAUGAGAGUUUUCGUUUGCUUUGUGAGCAAGUGGAGGCACUCAGAGCUUAUGGACAAGCGGUCAAGGAGGAGCUGCGGCUAAUGGAUGAGGAGACAGAGUAUGAGGAGAUGCCUACGUUUGAUGUACAGGAUCCUGUGAGGACUGUUUUGCCUCAGUCCUGUGCGACUCCCUCCCUACCUGCUGAUCUUGAUGUACCUGGUGUAGUGGCAGAUGUCCCUGAUGCUCCUGAUGUGGUGGCAGAUAUUCCUGAUGUGGUAUCAGAUGUUCCGGAUGUAGUGGCAGAUGUUCCUAGUGUGGUGGCAGAUGUUCCUGGUGUGGUGGCAGAUGUUUCUGGUGUGGUGCCACAUGUCCCUGAUGCUCCUGUGAUGCCAGAUGCUCCUGGUGUGAUGGCAGAUGUUCCUGAUGUGGUGGCAGAUGUUCCUGGUGUAGUGGCAGAUGUCUGUGAUGUUCCUGGUGUGGUGCCAGAUGUCCCUAUUGCUCCUGGUGUGGUGCCAGAUGCUCCUGGUGUGAUGGCAGAUAUUCCUGAUGUGGUGGCAGAUGCUCCUGGUGUAGAGGCAGAUGUUCCUAGUGUGGUGGUGUGGUGCCAGAUGUUCCUGAUGUUCCUGGUGUGGUGCCAGAUGUUCCUGAUGCUCCUGGUGUGGUGUCAGAUGCUCCUGGUGUGGUGCCAGAUUAUCCUGGUGUGGUGCCAGAUGUCCCUGAUGCUCCUGGUGUGA